GUUACAUAGGAAAGGUGGUUCACUGCUGGCGUUGACAGCGUUGGGUCAUUUGAAUGCUGAAAGGAAUUGGCGAAGCAGUGCAAGCGUGACAGGGCCUGUUCAUAAUCCUGUAACUUCUCUCAGCGUUGCCAAGUACACUCAACCAGGCGAGAGAGUAGAUUCUUCAAGAGUCCACAAAACCUAGAUACAAAGUUUCCAUCUGAGGAGUGCUUCUAAACUUGGAAGAAAAUGAAUUUCCUCUCUGAGUGGAUGCCUUUGGCCCCACCUAGUGAUGAUGAAAUAGAUAAUCAAGGAAUUCUUAUCAAGGAAAUGGUUAAGGAAGAGAUCAAGAAAGAGAAUGAUCUGGAAAUUCAGGAAGAGAAUGAUCUGGAAAUUCAGGAUGAGAAUGAUCUGGAAAUUCAGGAAGAGAACGAUCUGGAAAUCAAAGAAGAGAACGAUCUGGAAAUCAAAGAAGAGAACAAUCUAGAAAUUAAAGAAGAAAGUUUUGACUAUGAAGUGAGUGAUACAAACCUAAAACACAAGUAUCCUUCCUCUAUGGGAAGUAAGAGCAUCAGAGAAGAAAAUGGAAGGAACUCAUAUAAAAUUAUAGAAGACUGUAAUGAUGCAUUGGGGACAACACCACUUGUGGCUGAUCAUUGUGAUACCAUGCACACAUCAGACAGGCACAAGGAAGGAGAGGAAGAGGCAGCAUACCAAAAGCCAUGUUCUCAAAGAGUUAAAAUAGUGAAACAAAAUAAAGUGGAUAGAAAUAAACGUCACACGUGUGAGAUAUGUUGUAAAGCAUAUGCAUCAAAAUACCGUUUACAUAACCACAUAAGAGAUAUACAUACAAAAGAAAAACCAUAUAAGUGUGAGGCUUGCAACAAGACUUUUACAAUCAACAGGAAGCUGGUGAUACACCGGAAAAUGGAAUGUGAAUACAAGUGGUCACCAGAUAAUAACCAGACACCUAAGGAUGGCAGUAAUGAAAUGUCUGAAAAAGUAUCUGAAAUAUGGAAAUGCUUCACUUGUGAAGUGUGUAAUAAAAAAUUCCCUUUUAAAAUUAGACUAUUGACACAUAUGAGGGUUCAUACAAAGGAGAAACCUUUUAAGUGUAAGGUAUGUGCUACACCAUUUGCUAGGAGAUCUGAUAUAAGUAACCACAUGAAGACACAUACAAGGGAAAGACCACAUGUAUGUGAUAUAUGCAGUAGAGGAUUCUCCAGGAAAUCUCAUCUUGAGACACACAUCAGAAGAGUACAUCUAAAGGAGAGGCCUUUCAAGUGUGAGAUAUGUAAUAAAAGCUUCUUUGAGAAUUCACAUCUUAGGGAUCACAUGUUAAGUCAUACAGAAGAGGAUCCCUUUAAGUGUAAGAUUUGCCAUAAAAGUUUCUCUCAGAAAAAUGGUCUGAGGUUGCACAUGCGAAGACAUGGAGUUAAGUCAUUUAUCUGUGAGGUAUGCAGCAAAGCCUUCUUCACCAAACAUAUAUUAGCUAUACAUAUGAGAGUACAUACAGGGGAGAAGCCCUAUACUUGUAAGGUAUGCAAUAAGUCAUUUAGAGCUCUUUAUACUUUCAAAAAACACAGUAGACUGCAUACUAGAGAGAAACAGAGUGUGUAAAAUGGGUUGUAUAUGUAUAUAUAUGUAUAUACAUAUUCAUAGUGUAUUUUUAAAUAUAAAGAGCUGCAUAAA